CUGUCUCUCUUGCCCCUCUUUGUUCGCGAGUCUUUGUUAGCCAUGCCUAGCCUGGUGGUAUCAGGGAUGAUGGAAAGGAAUGGGGGCAUGUCAGACCUGACCAAGGACAGGGUGCUAGAGGAUGACAGGGCUCUGCAGAUUGCCUUGGAUCAACUCUGCCUGCUGGGUUUGGGGGAGACAGAAGAGGACACUAACAAUAACAAUAACAGCCAUGCCCAGCACCCCCAGAAAGGAGACAGCAAGUUGAGUGUCCUGUAUAAGGAAGCAGAACUCAGGCUGAAGAGUUCCAACACCACUGAGUGUGUCCCUGUGCCCAGCUCAGAACACGUGGCAGAGAUAGUGGGGAGACAAGGCUGCAAAAUCAAAGCAUUGAGGGCCAAAACCAACACCUAUAUCAAAACACCAGUGCGAGGAGAAGAGCCUGUGUUUAUGGUGACUGGACGCCGAGAAGACGUGGCCAUGGCAAGACGUGAGAUUAUUUCUGCUGCAGAACAUUUCUCCAUGAUUCGAGCUUCCCGCAACAAAGCAGGCACGGCUUUUGGUAGUGCUCCUGCCCUUCCGGGCCAAGUCACUAUUCGUGUUAGAGUCCCAUACAGAGUAGUGGGCUUGGUGGUGGGACCGAAAGGUGCCACAAUUAAGAGGAUUCAGCAGCAGACAAAUACUUAUAUUAUCACUCCAAGCCGGGAUAGAGAUCCGGUAUUUGAAAUUACGGGUGCCCCAGGGAAUGUGGAAAGGGCACGGGAAGAGAUAGAGACCCACAUUGCCGUGCGCACAGGCAAAAUUCUGGAGUACAACAAUGAGAAUGACUUUCUAUCCAGCAGUCCUGAUUCUGGAAUGGAGAGUCGGUAUCCGGAGAGUUGGAGGGUGCAUGGAACAGCGACUGGCUGCAAGCCUCUAUCCACAUUUCGGCAGAACAGUUUAGGGUGCAUUGGAGAUUGUCCUCCAGAGCCUGUGUACGAGACCCCACGACUGAAUGAUCAAAAUGACUUCAACUAUGGCUAUCUGUUUCCAAACUACAAGCAAGAAGUCUACUAUGGAGUGGCUGAGUCUGGGGGACCCAUGUGGGGAGGACAGGAAAAUAACAGUCCAGCAUCUGGCAUUUUCACAAAGCAACAGCGUUCUGGGAGCAGUGGCACUAUACAGACCAACUCUACACAACGUUCACCAGAUUCCAGUCUUACGACCCUGCCAAGGAGGAGCCAAGGAGAAGCACUGCCGGGUUUCACCAAACUAAGUGCCACUAGAACCUCCGUUUCUGGAAGUCGGGAGUGCAUGGUUUGUUUUGAGAGUGAAGUUACCGCUGCACUGGUGCCAUGUGGGCACAACCUCUUCUGCAUGGAAUGUGCCGUGCGCAUCUGUGAAAGGAAUGAACCAGAGUGCCCUGUGUGCCAUGCAUCUGCCACUCAGGCUAUCCGAAUAUUUUCUUAAAACAGACUCAAGGAAGAGGGUAGGUGUGGGAGGGUAAUGGGUGUUGAACUGUUGGUGCAUAGAGGUCAAAGACAGUAUCUUAACUCAUCAAAGGCGAUUCAUCAAAACGAGGACGAAUUAACGACUUUCUCUGAAAUUUCACAGGGACAGAACUUUCUCCGCAAGGCCUGGGUAUCAAGGACUUUAAGUGCAUGGUUGUUUACUUAUUAUGAUGGGGAUUCCACUACACCUGUCCUGUUGUACCAUUCAUUCAACGGUUAACUUUGGGACAGUGAAACCCCCACGAUCUGGGAACAAGUGUCUCAAUAUCAAGUUUAUGUUUUAAGGUACAGCAAAAUUUUCCAGGAUUGGGUUUUACACAAGAAUAUUCUGUUUCUUUUUCUCAAGAGGACAAAAAUGUACGGGGAAAUAUAAAUGGCAGAUAUGUGCUAAGUAGAAUGAGAUUCAAAGCAGAACACAAAGUUACAAGCAUUUUUGAUGGUUAUUAGCUGCAUCCUGCUGACCCAGUGUAACUUUCUUGUUUUUCGUCUUUUGUUUUUUCUGUAGUAGAUUUUUCCACUACAGUCUACAGAGUCUUAACAGAGGGAGUUGAAAAAUACAGAAUUCUUUUACAGACUGAAUAUUUGUCUCCUCCAUUAUCUGAGGUUCCCGUGAAAGAGAAUUCAAAGCUGAGGUCAGUUUUAUCAAGUUCCGGUCUGUCAUUUACAUGCACAACAGGAGAUGCACCUCUCGAAUAACACAUUUUUUUUAUAAAAUGAAGGGUAUUGUUGAAAGGCUACAUCAAGGACGUUAAGACUGCAGCAUUCGCUGAUUGUGUGGGUUGUACUCAGGGGUACACUUUUUCAGGUCCUAAAUCUGGUUUUGGCAUGAGCAGGCCCAUUCGUCUUGCCCUCUGAAAAGCUUCUACUAACUAUCUGGUUACUUACAAAUAGGAUUCUGUUAUCAUCAACAGCAAAAAAACAAACAAACUGUAUUUAUCAAUCUCUGGGAACCUGCAACACGAGGACACAACUAUUACCUCAAAUUCCAUAAAAAUAGCAGCUAAAUAUACCACGUGCAGUUUUUAUUCUCAUUUGCUGUAAAUUUUUUGGGUAUGUGAAUUUUCAGUCAGAUUAAUUUUUUUCAACCACAGCAAAACAAACUAACAAAAAGAACAACACAACAGUCAGGCCU